AUGGCGCUCCGGACCGGGCCUCCCGCCGCCGCCGCCGCCGCCGCCGCCGAAGGCCAGCUGUGCGCCCUGCGGGAGGAGCUGCGGGGAGCCGGGCGCGUGGGCUACCCGGGGCCCGCCGGGGACACCCUCCUGCACUGCGCCGCCCGCCUCGGGCAUCGGGACGUGCUGGCCUAUCUGGUCGAGACCUGGGACAUGGACAUCGAGGCCGCCAACCGAGACUACAAGCGGCCUCUGCACGAGGCUGCCUCGCAGGGCCACCGGGACUGCGUGCGCUACCUGCUGGGCAGAGGAGCCGCGGUCGACUGCCUGAAGAAAGCCGACUGGACUCCUUUGAUGAUGGCCUGCACAAGGAAGAAUCUGGAGGUGAUCCAGGACCUUGUAGAACAUGGUGCCAACCCACUUCUGAAGAACAAAGACGGCUGGAAUAGUCUCCACAUUGCCAGCCGAGAGGGUGACCCUCUGAUCCUCCAGUACUUGCUCACUGUUUGCCCAACCGCCUGGAAGACAGAGAGCAAAAUCGGGAGAACUCCUCUGCACACGGCAGCAAUGCAUGGCUGUUUAGACGCAGUGAAGGUCCUUCUCCAGAGGUGCCAGUACAGAGCCGACUGCGCGGACAGGUGUGGCUGCACGCCCUUCAUGGACGCGGUUCAGUGCGGCCACAUCGAUGUGGCCCAGCUGCUGCUCGAACAGCAUGAGGCUUGCUGGGCGGCGCGGGACGCCCUGGGCGCACAGGCCAUCCACAGGGCAGCCGUCACCGGGCAGGACGAGGCCCUCCGCUUCCUGGUGUCCAAGCUGGGUGCUGACGUGAACGCCAGGGCAGCACCCAGCCACCUGACGCCACUGCAUUUCGCCGCUAAGGAAGGACACGUGAGCACAGUCCGGGUGCUCCUAUCCUUGGGUGCUGACAUCAAUUCCAAAGAUGAAAGAAACCGAUCAGCCCUGCACCUGGCCUGCGCCGGCCAGCACGCGGCCUGUGUCGAGCUCCUCCUGCUGUCCGGGCUAAGCGACUCCCCGGAUGUCUCGGGCGCCCUGGCUCAGCAGCUCGCUCGCAGCGCAGAUGUCCUUCAGUGCUUUGACCGCCACCCCGAGUCCUGAGGGUGCUUCUGAGCAAGGACAGGCACGGUGACCACGUCCUGCCACUGCCGUCGUUGGGGUCCCCAGCCAGAGGGCCGUGAGGACGCCGCCUCCCGAGCCCUGUGACCUACACGUGGAGUCUUUCCAGGACCCAGAUUCCACUUUUUCUGCCCUUCAAGUGGAAUUAGGGGAUGUUCAUGAAGCCAGGGUCUGGAGCCCUUAGAGAAGCACGUGACCCACGUGAAUGUAACCCAGAGUACGUGUUCACGUAAAUAUGUCAGAUGUUUUAUGAGGGAUGGCAAUGACGAUGAUGUUAACGGUACAAGAGCCAUAAACAUAACCGGCCUGCCACUUCCUUCCUCGCUUCUUCUUGGUCAUUACGGUGGUUUUACUUUGGUUUUGUAGCCAGGAAGGAGAUGCCUACACAGAUAUUUGAGAGAAAAUAAUGGAAAUAUUUGCACAUUCUAAGCGCUGCUAGUUAAGCCAUAACGUUUUAAUCUUGAGGUUAUUUUUACUUGAUGGUUCUGUGUUGGCUUUCUUCAGAUAAUAAACACACCUAAAAAUGCAGCUAA